AUGGACCAACUCAUUCCAGUUAUAAACAAGUUACAAGAUGUAUUUAAUACUUUGGGAACUGAUCCUUUGGACUUGCCUCAGAUCGUUGUGGUUGGAAGUCAGUCCUCUGGAAAGAGUUCAGUGUUGGAGAAUAUAGUUGGCAGAGACUUCCUACCUCGUGGAUCUGGAAUCGUCACUCGUAGACCACUUAUACUUCAACUAACUCAUCUACCAAUAACUGAUGAAGUUGACGUAUCAACACAAGAAUGGGGAGAGUUCUUACAUAGACCAAAUGAUAUGUUCUAUGACUUUGCCGAGAUUAGAGAGGAGAUCAUAAAGGAUACGGACCGCCUCACGGGAAAGAAUAAGGGCGUUUCAGCUCAGCCGAUUAACUUGAAGAUAUACUCGCCUCAUGUGGUCAACCUGACGUUGGUCGACUUGCCAGGAAUCACAAAGGUGCCCGUCGGCGACCAGCCCACCGACAUUGAGAUGCAGAUUCGCCGUAUGAUCAUGGCCUAUAUCAAGCGACCCAACGCCAUCAUCCUGGCCGUCACCCCGGCCAACACCGAUCUGGCCAACUCUGACGCGCUGCAACUGGCUCGUGAGGUCGACCCCGAUGGAAAGCGAACCAUCGGUGUCAUCACCAAGCUGGACCUCAUGGACAAGGGCACAGACGCCAUGGACGUGCUGACUGGCCGCGUCGUGCCCCUGGCUCUCGGCUUUGUCGGUGUGAUCAAUCGUAGUCAGGAGGACAUCAUCUCAAAGAAAUCCAUCAGGGAUGCGCUCAAGAGCGAGGUGCAGUACUUCAAGAACCAUCCAAUCUACAAGACGAUCGCCAACCGCAGCGGCACGGCCUACCUCUCCAAGACGCUCAACAAGCUGCUGAUGUUCCACAUCCGCGACUGCCUGCCCGAGCUCAAGAUAAAGGUGACCAAGAUGCUGACCGAGGUGCAGGGUGAGCUGUCCUCGUACGGUGACCCCCUCUACGACACCAAGAACAGCCAGGGUGCCCUGCUGCUCCAGAUCAUCACCAUCUUCUCGACCAACUUCCGUGACGCCAUCGAUGGCAAGCUCACCGAGCUGUCCACCAACGAGCUGUGUGGAGGUGCUCGCAUCAACUACAUCUUCAACAACAUAUACGCACAGUGUCUCAAUGGCAUCGACCCAAUGGACGGCGUAAGUCUCAACGACAUUAGAACGGCGAUGAAGAAUGCCACCGGUCCUCGUGCCGCCCUCUUCAUCCCAGAGGCAUCGUUCGAGAUGCUGGUCAAGAAGCAGGUGGCCCGUCUCGAUGACCCCUCGUCGCAGUGCGUCGAGCUCGUCUAUGACGAGUUGCAGAGGAUCGUCAGCCAGCUGGAGGCCAAGGAGCUGGCCCGCUUUAUCAACCUCAAGGCCAAGGUGAUUGAGGUCGUCAACAAUCUGCUGCAGAAGCAUCGCACGCCCACCAAGACAAUGAUCGAGAACCUGAUCAAGAUUGAGUUGGCCUACAUCAACACAUCACAUCCAGACUUUGUCGGCGGUGACGGUCUGUUUGAGGCACUAAUGGAGAAGAAGCAGCAACAAGAGGCAACAUUCUUCAACAUGCAGCAACAGCAACAGCAGCAACAGCAACAGUCGGCUACAGGUGGCGCACAGUCUGGUGGCGCGCAACCCAACCAAGUGUGGGUGCCCAAUGUACAACAGCAACAACAGCCUGCAUCUGGCGGCAAGUUCUUGACAUCCAACGUCAACCUGCCACCAGCCACUGGCGUCAAGCCACCACCCUCGGUACAGCAGCCAAACACACUUCCGGGUGCCAAGCCUGCGCCAGGUAUGCCUCCCACCAAUCCACAGCGACCCAACGAGCAGCUCAACCAGCAGCAGAACCAGCAGAACCCGCAGGGUGGAUUCCUAUCAUCAUUCUUUAGAGGACCAGACAACCAACAACAGUCGUCCAACAAUCAACAAUAUCAACAAGUACCUCAACAUCAACAAUCACCACAACAGAUGCAACAGAACAACAACAUGUACUCCUCUUCAUCAUCAUCGUCAUCAUACAACAGAUCCAAUAUGUACCAAGAUGGCUAUCGCAACGACAGACUGGGCCAAGUACCCAACACCAUCAAAGCAUCAGACGAGUUGAACUCCAGGGAGAAGUUCGAGACCGAGUUGAUUCGCGAGUUGUUGAUGUCAUACUUCAACAUUGUAAAGAAGAACGUGAAGGACUCUGUGCCAAAGUCAAUUAUGCACUUCUUGGUCAACACCUCGAAGGAGCAGGUGCAGAACGAGUUGGUUGGUGCGCUGUACAGAGAGGAGUUGUUUGAUGAGUUGCUAGAGGAAUCACCACAGAUCUCUUCAAAGAGAAAGUCAUGCAAGGCCAUGAUCGAUGUCCUGCGCAAGGCCAACGAGAUCAUCAAUGAGAUCAGAGACUUUAGUUCAAAGUAA